AAGCACGGUAACCCUUUCCACCUGUCGCAAGCAAUGCUCGCCAGUGAGGUAAGGCGAGCGCCACGCGUCGCGCCACGCGCGCCGGCGGGUGCGCUGCUGCAGGAAACUUUCCGGCCUUGAGGACGUCCAGUUUCGAACCGACCUUGUGCUUCGUCCCCCUCUCCACUCAAUGCUACACAGCCGCUGCUGCUGCCAGCCCCGCGGCAGCGUCGGCGGCGUUCGCGCUGUCGCUUUUUCUUGCCCGCCUCCUCCGAUCGCGCGGGGGCCGUAUUGAGCCGUUUUUCUUUUUUUUUUUCCUCGGUCGGCAAACGCACGCGCUCCUUUAGUGUAAGCGGGCCCUCGAAAGGCCGCCGCCGCCGCCGCUGCUGCUCCCCGUCUCACAAUAUUUCUAAAUGUCCCGCUCGACGCACGUUUCUAGGUGACCGCCAUCGCCGGUUGCCGAGAUGUGCCCUCCGUGAUAAUCGCCUCCAUUCGGGGCCGCUGUGCCUGCCUGUGCGCGUGGUUCUACCCGGCCGGCUUCUUCUCUGAAGCCGACCGCGUGUCUCCCGCCGUUCGGUGUCGUCCUACUGUCAAAAGAAAUGUCUCCUGCAAGAACCGUGCGCGUCGCGUUCGCGUGCUUGUGCGCGACGGCAGUCCUGCGCCUCGCCGACAGUGCGGCAGACGGCGACGUCCGAAACAGCAUUAUUGUCUCUCCCGCGCAACAAGGAGUGGCAGAAGACAAAACAACAGCAGCAACAAGGGAACGGCGGCCUCAAGAGGCAGCGGUCAACGGCGUGGGGGAGUACCGCUUGUCGACUACCGAGAUCCGUUAUGACGCGCCUAGUUUCACUCGGGGAGCACGUGCGAGGCCCCAGGUUUCGCUUUCGGUCCGCGCGAGUGAGCUUCGACACGCGAGUGGUGCCGAUUACGACCUACGCGAGUACACCGGCGACUCUAAUCUUGUUUCGCCGAAGAACGGAUGGUCCUCCGACAAGCGGGCGGCAAUUCGGAGCGGCAGGCGGAGGAGGGCGUUGGACUUGGACGGCGAACACAGCGCGGUGUGGAGCGACCCCGAAGGCGCGCUGACCAGGACGGCCGAGUGGUUCGUGCGUAAGCUGUGGACGCCCAUUCAGGAACUGGCCGGCAACGGCGCGCUGUCUUCCAAGUGCGUCUCCGGUCUGCUCGCCGUCUACGGCGGCGUUCGCCGAGGACAGCUGUGGGCGCUCAAAUUUCUGGACGCCACGGGCAAGUUCCCCAGCGGAGUUCUCACGUCGUCGUCUCCGUCCUCCGACCCGGGCUCGUACGGCGAGUGCCUGCACAUCGGGCACAGCGACGGCAAGGGUCUGCCACGCAGCGACCGGCCGCCCCCCGCCAUGGAAGGCCGAUACUGCAGCCUGCAGUGGGCUGUGAACUCGACUUCCUUGGCCACGAAAAUCGCGGACGGCGAUGGCACCCGGACGAGCACCAAUGCCAUCAAGAGGAUAUGGCAAGGCGUGUGCGUCCCUUCACACUGCUCUGGGGGAGAAGUGGAAGCGCUCAUUGCGAAAGGCAAGUUGUGGUCACUCUUACCAGUGAACGACAGGUUUAUCAUGUGCUUUCACCGUUCUUAUUUUUUUUCUUCAUUUCUUUGGCUUUACUGCUCGCGUUGCAUUAAUUAA